AUGGUGUCUUUUCCUCGCGACCGCUUGGAUGAAUGGCAGAAAUUCGUGGCAACCCCGAUAGGGCAGGCUAUGCACGAGCUUGCAGAACUUGGCACAAACUUUGAAUUUGCAAACCCGAAGUUCUGGGGCUGGCUAGCCAUCACCUGCGUAGAGGUUGCGAUUGGUUUCUCGGAAGCGGUCACGAACGUCCAAAAUGAGAAGCCGUGGUCGAUGCAGAUGCCGGAGAGCACAGAGGUUUGUCAAAAGGCUUUUGCAGAUGCUAGAACUGUUGCAACGGCAAAGCUGCCUGUGAUUGAAGAGCUGGUUCUCCCUGCUGCCUCCACCCAACUGGGAAACAGUUCCGAGGAGACUGCGUAUCCAUGCCAGCGAUGUGAUGCUGAGGCUGCACCCCUUUGCAUUGGGCAUCCAUUUGCUGGCGGAAGCGCCGCCCUUCACCAGGCAGCUCGGCUCGCCCAGCCAGAUGCAGUAAAGGCUCUGCUACAUUUGCGUGCAGAUGCUAGCGUUGUCAACCAAUCUGGCGUUAGCCCUUGGAUGGUGAUUGGCGAAGUGGCCCAGAAUGAGCAGGCGGUGGUUGCGUGCAUGGAGCUACUCAAGCCAGAAGUCACCCCACAGGAUUUGUUGAAGAGUGCUGAGGCGAACAUUGAUGACUUUCUUGGGAGCUUCCACAAGCCCGUGACAGUUGACUUGCUGCGACGGCAAAUGCGUUUGCACGAAACCCUAUUUGGUCCGUGUUCGGCUGAGGAUCCCUUGUUGCAGCAGCAACUCAUUGAAAGAUGGGUGGCCAUCAUCAAGGGUUUGCUCACGCUGGACCCUUUGGAUGGUGAGAGAAAGGUGUUGGCCAGGUAUCUCCUCAACGCCAUUAUGGGGCCUCGCUACCAUCACAAUCAAGGUUGCUGCCGCGCGCGACUCGUAAAUAUGGCACAAGAUCGGCUCAGGGACUUUGCAGUGGAGUGCAACCGAUUGCACAAGACAAUCCACGCUGGUGCCAAAUUUCCAGCGAGCUUUAAUAAUGUGCUACUAGAGCUGCCCAGAGAUUUGGUCUCCGUUCCUGCAGCAUGGCAAGUCAACCCGUACUGGCUCACGGUGCAGAGGCGGCAAGUGUUGCGCUACGACCCACCAUGGUCCGUCAAUGCUAUCGACGUUCAGAGCUGCUUGCUGCAGCUGGUUCGCUUAGGCGCCGUAUCCUGCGUCGAUGAAUUUAGCAGCUUUGCCCAUAAAGACUUGCGGGAGCUUCUUGCCUGGGGAUAUGUGCAGUACUCGAGUCUGUGCAACGAGCCGUUCCAGGAAAUGGUUCGGAGCGUGGUUGCCAGGGCAUGUGAUGCUUAUUGUUUAAGAGUAGACAUGCCCAGCACCGCUGUACCUCCGAAGAAAUUGCGGCGAUUACUGGAGAAAACCUUGGAGGCAGAAGAGCAGCGGAGGGGCUUUGACUGGCCUUGCCGAUCAGAAAGCUAUCUUCGCCACGCAUGCUGCUUUUACAUCUUGGAUACGGUGAGAUUCAGUGUCGUGUGCAGGGGUGAUUCGCUGGAUGAACAGAUCCGUUGUUGCAUGCACGUCUUGAAGGAGUUCAAGUGUUGCGCCAUGGGCAAACCUGCCUGCUUGCAGCUGCUCCGAGUGAAGUCAGGUUUUGCUCCAGACGCGUGUGGCGAAGGGGGCUAUGCUGACAUCAAGCUGUUUUGUUAUGCAGACGUCGGUGUGCAUGUUGCAGUUGAUGGGCAGGAGAUGCCGCUGCGAAUAAUCGGUGAAAUCCAACUGCUGCUCGAGGACUUUGCGAAGAUCAAGCAUCGCAUGCAUCUGGCCUAUGAAAUAAGUCGUGGAAGCUUUGACUGGACAUGGCUGACCCUGGAUGUCCCUGGCCUCGACGAAGGCGGCCACUUUCCAACACCGGUGCUUUUCCGUGUCCUCGAAUCGUCUCGCCACCUCUACCAGCCGAAGCUGUGCCUGUCUCUCUGCCAGAUGGACAGCGCCAGCGCCACGGGGAAGAUUGCCUUGUCUCUCGACGCACCCGACGACGUCCGCGUGGCGCAGUGGCUGGUGCUGCUGGAGCAAGAAGAGCAGAAGCGAGCACAACUGCCCAUAGCACGUAAUGCGAAGAGCGGCGACGACCACCACGUGACGGUCACCACCGGCAGCAAGGUGCAGCUUUAUGGCAAAGGUGGACGCUUCGUUCCUCCAGACCUGCUGACGCGGGAGGGAAUCACGGCCAGCUACGUCACCAAGGACGCCGAAGUGAAAGCCUUCGUUUUGAUUGGGGCGCCACACGAUACCAGGGCCGAGUCGUCCUUGGAAGUGCCGGAGUCGGUGGCCUUUGCCUUCUUGGCCCACGUCCGGCCUCAUGUGGCACUGCAUGCGGCGUGGAUCAUCGGACUCUUCUGCAGUCUCCUGGGGGGUAGGCCGGGAAUGGUAAAUGGGGCGACCGGUGCUUUUGCCGCGAUCAUCGCCACCUUUCUCCCGGCGCCGACCACUCCAGGUGGUAACGGCGAACAUGUCGAACUGCUCUUCCCCUCCGUCAUGCUCGCAGGUCUCUUUAUGCUGGCGGCCAGUGCCUGCAAUCUCUCGAGAUUCAUUCUCCUGCUACCCGUCAUGGUUGGGUUUUGCAAUGGUCUCGCCAUUGUCAUCGGCAUGGCCCAGCUUCAUCCUUUCCAUGACGAGUCCUCGGAAAGCGGCUGGAAGGGUGGCUACGAGCUGCUGUGGAUGCUGGUCAUUACUGCCAUGGCCAUGGCCACCAUGGAGUUCCUUCCCAAGGUCCCUCUGCAGAUCUUCAAGAUUAUCCCUUCCUCGCUCAUGGCGAUCCUCGUAGCCAUUCUCAUCGAGUUUGCCAUUGUCCGGCCUCUGGGGUGGAGGACGGACACCAUCGGUGAUGUGAGCGAGUUCACCUCCGAGACUGCUUUUCCCAUCCCCUUCUUCGUGAACCAUCCCUCCACUGGUUACAACCUGCACGGCAUUAUCGAGUCCUGGACCUCCGUGCAGAACAUCUUGGUCCAAGGCAUCCUCCUCUGCGUUGUGGGCUCCAUCGAGUCCCUGAUGACCUCGGAGGUGGUCGAGUCUUUCACGAAGACCCGCAGCGAGGGAGACCGGACCCUUUUCGCCAUGGGUUUGGGCAACGUAGUCUCCGGCUUCCUUGGUGGAAUGGGCGGCAAUGCAAUGAUCGGGCUUUCGACCAUCAACUCCCUUAAUGGCGGGCGCGGACGCAUGGCGCCGCCCGUUGGCUGGAAUUUUGGGUGGGAUAGAUUCGGGACUUAUAAGGAUGCCAGGACCGUCACGGCGUUGGUGGUCAUGGCCUCCGUCAUGGGCGCCUACCGCUUGCUGAACUUCAUCCCGGUGGCGGCUCUGGCAGGCAUCAUGAUCGUCGUCGUGCUGCACACCUUCAAGUGGUUCUCGCUUGGUAUGGUCCUGGCUGCCGUGCUCCCCAAGAUGCUUCGUGACCGGCUGAACCUCCACCGAAAGGUGCCGAGGAUCGAAGCUUUGGUCGUGCUGGUCGUCACAGUCCUUUCAAAGCAGACGAACAUCGCCGUGGCCGUUUUGGUCGGCGUGUCCAUUUGCGCCAUCAGCUUCGCUUGGGAUGCGGGCCAUGACUUCCACCUCACCGAAUCCUUGAUGGGGACCAUGAAGGUUUACGAGGUGGAUGGUCCUCUGUUUUUCACGUCUGCCAACCGCCUGGUGAAGCUCCUGGAUCCUAGCCGCGACCCCGAGGAGGUGGAGUUGCACUUUGGAGAGACCACUCUCAUGGAUUUCACUUCGGUGGAAAUUCUGCACAAAGUGGCCCUGAACUACAAGAGUGCAGGGAAAAAUAUCACAUUCCACACGCUCAACCUCAGCAGCCAGAAGAUCAUCGAGAAGGCCAACCAUCUGGUGAAGGCCAUCGAGUACACGGCCUCGGAUGCUGCUGUCCGACUUCCCAGUCUGCCCAGCUUCACCGACGGCUUCCGGGCAGAUCCCAUGACUGCCGAGGGGGUCUUCGAGAGAAUCGUCAGUGGUGGCAGCCCGGCGAGCUUUGGGAGGUGUUUCGAGGAUUCAAGGCAUGUACUUGUUCAGGAGUUCGGGACUGAAACUUCUGCUUAUCCUCAUCUGCAUCCUCAACCUCGUACUGAUCCGGCCCAGAAAGCUUUUGUAAACCCUAUUGGGGGAUUCUCCCAGGAUUCUUUAACUCCAUGUCGGGCAGUCUCUCACUUGUGGAGACCAUGGAGCCCGCUCUUGCAGCACAAGCAGAACAAGAAAUACCGCAUGCCCGAGCGCUGA